CGGAUUCAUUAAACCAGGUGAAACCAAUCCUGGAUAGGUGCGCGCUCACGGCUCACUCAAAUAGACCCCGCCACAGAUCACAGAUUAACUGAUUUACCAUGGCAACUAGAGCCGCGUACUUUUCCCCGUCGGAAGCACAAAUCCUCAUGGAGGCAUACGAGGAGGUAAAAGAUAUAAUUAAGAAGAAAGGCAACACCGCCACAGUGAUAAAGCAAAGAGAAAAAGCGUGGCAAAGUAUUGCAGACCGCCUGAAUGCAUUAAACAUGAACGGGCCAAAACGGACAUGGCAGCAGGUCAAAAUCAAAUACAAGAACAUUCUGCAGAAUGCAGUGAAAAAGAAUACCCACAGACAAGGCACGGGUGGUGGGUCACCAAAGGCUGACCUUACCCCAGCAGAGGACAUGGCCUUGGAGCUAAAUAAAGGCAGGCCCGUCUUAGAGGGGAUCCCUGGGGGGAAAGAGACGAGCAUAGGUUCCUCCCAAGAUGCCACCCGCUUCAUUCAAGUGUCUGGCAGCACUGUGUUCCUGUUAGAGCCACCAGCACAAGCACCAGACGAUGCUGAUCCAGGUGAAGGCCCCAGUGCAGCAGCAACAGCACAUGAUGGAGACGAUGAUGAUGAGGAGGAGACCAUCUCUCUGGAUUCCAGAAGGCAUGAGGACCCAGAUGCUAUACAGUGGGAAAACCAGCCUGGCAACAUAAGCUCACAAGCUAUCAGAAAGUUGUAUGGCAACCACCUCCGGCGCCAAAUAGAACUGGCAGACAUAGACAUUCAGUACAAGAAGAAAAAGAUGGAAAAUCUUGCACUGGAGUCCGAAAUAAAAAAGAGGACAAUUAGGAAACUGGACCUUGAAAUAAAAAAACUUGAGAGGGAGCUCCAAGAAGAUGACACAGCUCAAAAUAAAAAUUAGGUAUAUUCUCGUAAAGUCAAGUGAGCCAUGACAUAUGAGCUCUUAUUGUGAGCACACAGGACGGUGGCAUCUUUCUAAGUUUUUUUAUAUUUUCCCAGCAAUCAGUACAACCAAGUCAUCGUUAUAAGGCAUCGCCCUCUUUUGCCCACCCCCCCCAGCACCAGGUGUGGCCACUAGCCUAUAUGAAGGCCCAAAAUUGUGUGUUCCUUUCUGCUCUGACAAUGGCAUGCCCAUUCGUGUGAGAUGUGGUGGAUGAAGAAGCACUUUGCUGAGGAGAGCCUUCAGGCGAGAAAGGGUCUUCAGGGACCGGUUGGACCCACUGGCCUUCCCUGACGACCAUCUAUAUGAAAGAUACAGGUUUUCUGCAGAUGGCAUCAGGUAUCUAUGCAGACUACUGGGUCCCAGGAUUAAGCACCGCACUGCACGGAGCCAUGCACUGAGUGUGGAGCAAAUGGUUUGUGUGGCCUUGCGCUUUUUUGCUAGUGGAGCCUUCCUGUACUCAGUGGGGGAUGCAGAACAGCUGAACAAGGCCACAAUUUGCCGCACAAUAAGGAGUGUGUGUCUGGCUAUCAAAGCAUUAGCAGAUGUCUUCAUCUCCUUCCCUGGCCACAGAAGACUCUGUGACAUCAAAGAGGAGUUCUAUAGGAUUGCAGGUUUCCCCAAUGUCAUUGGUGCAGUGGACUGCACACACAUAAGGAUAAAAGCCCCCUCAGGUGCCCAUGAGGCCGAUUUUGUGAAUAGGAAAUCCUUUCACAGCAUUAAUGUUCAGAUGGUCUGCAAUGCUGACUGUGUGAUCAGCAAUGUUGUGGCAAAAUGGCCUGGCUCAGUCCAUGACUCCAGAAUCUUUCGGGCCUCUGAAAUCUAUCACAAGGUGAAUUCUCUGGUGUGUUGCUGGGAGACAGGGGGUAUGGCUGCCAGCCUUUUCUCCUGACACCUUUCACAGACCCCCAGGAAGCACAGCAGGCCUACAACCAUGCCCAUGCCAGGACCAGGGCCAGAGUUGAAAUGACCUUUGGCCUCCUGAAGGCACGCUUUCACUGCCUUCACAAAUUAAGGGUCAGCCCUGUUAGGGCAUGUGAUAUUACUGUGGCUUGUGCUGUCCUCCACAAUGUGGCCUGCCUGAGGAAGGAGAGGGCCCCCAGAGUGCCACCAGCCAUGGACUGGGACAAUCCGGCAAUCUUCCCUGAUGACGACAGUGGUCGGCUGCUGAGGGACCAAUAUGUGUUGAAUUAUUUUAGUUAGUAUGUGUGCUUUCAAUUUUGGUUAAAUAUGUCCUGUGGUGGCAGAGGAAUUU